CUCCCUUCUUGCUUUCUCAAUCAGCUAUCUCACUCAUUAGUCUCUUUCUAUCGCCCGGUUAGUUCAUCGUCCGUCCGUGUCUCGCACUCGUUUUUAAUAUUGUCGACGAUCGUCGUUAUCUUCCCCUCGAAACUAACGACAUACCAUCUCAUCGGUCGGCCGCUUACACGCAUGAAAUGACAACUCGACGUGACUGUUGUCGUUGUUGUUCUUCUCAUUAUCUUUGUUACUUAUAAUAAUAAUAGGGUCCCUGUUUGUCGCCGGUCCGUGUCCAACAAAUCAAAAUCGCCCGGCGAGUCGUCUCACAAAUAGCCAUGCUGUCAAAGAAAUGUAUCAAGUACGUUUGCUGGACGCUGCUGUUCGCGUUUGUGUUCCUUGGACUGCCAAAAUUCUGUUCGAGCCACGGACACCACCACCACCAUGAUCACGACCAUGACCACCAUACAGCCAAGCCAGUGUCUGCACCAACCGUCGAUUCAAUGCUGUGGAUCAAAGCGUUGUCAUCUACCGUGGCUAUUAGUGUGCUGCCGUUUUUUGUGUUGUUCUUCAUACCUAUCAAUAACAAGGACGAACACAAGUCGUGCCUGAAGGUGCUCUUGAGUUUUGCGUCUGGUGGAUUAUUAGGCGAUGCAUUCCUACAUUUAAUCCCACAUUCAUUGUCCACACACCACCACCACGAUCAUGGUGAUAAUCACCACAGUAAUGAUGACCACCACCAUGAUCAUGAUCAACACUGCAGUGCUGAUUCACAUAGUUCGGAAGGUGGCCAUGACCACGGCAACGAGAUUAGAGUGGGAUUGUGGAUCCUAGCCGGCAUAUUGGUGUUUUUGUUUGUCGAGAAAAUGGUUAGAGUGAUAAAAGGUGGGCAUAGCCAUUCACAUUCGUCUGUACGCCCCAAGGAAAAGUUAAGUGAUGAUGAAGAUGAAGAUGUAGAUAGUGACAAAAAGGAGCUACUUCCAAUACCAGAACAAAGUUUAUCAGUAGCUGGAUGGUUAAAUGUUGUUGCUGAUUUUACUCACAACUUUACCGACGGACUUGCCAUUGGUGCUGCAUAUUUAGCCGGUCAAAAUAUUGGUAUAGUCACAACAAUAACCGUAUUAGUUCAUGAAGUCCCACACGAAAUUGGAGAUUAUGCAAUUUUAAUUCAAGAAGGUAGUUCUAAGGCAAAUGCUAUGAAAUGUCAGUUAUUAACUGCAGUAGGUGCUAUUUGCGGAACAUUAGUGUCAUUGACGUUUGGAAAAGAUAGUGAAGUUGCAAAUUCGUGGGUACUACCAUUUACAGCUGGUGGUUUCAUUUAUAUUGCAACUGUUAACGUAAUACCAAGUCUUUUGGAAGACUCGAGUUUCAUACAGUCUAUUAAAGAAAUUGUUGCUUUAUUAGUGGGAGUUUACUUAAUGGUUCUUGUUGCUAAAUAUGAAUAAAUAUAACAGUUUUAUAUAGUUUAUUUGACUGAAGUCACAUCCAUACGUCAUGUUGGCACAUAUUUAUUUAAUUUAACAAGAAUACAAUUCUUAUUGUUUUAAAUUUAAUUUUUGCAAUUUGUUUAAAACUACAUUUAAUAAAAGAAAUCAAUACCUAUAAAAUUGUAUAAUGCAUAUUGGUUUCUUAAUCAGUUGAUUUCUGUUUAGAUUGUGUAAUACUCAUGAAUUUAUAUGUGAUAAUGUUUUAUAUUUAUAUUCCAUCAUUUUAUUGUGAUUUCAAAAUAAUGAUGAAUUUAAUUUAAUAAUAAAAAUAUAUAUUUUAUUGGGCUUAAGAUCAGUUACAGAUUAUUUAUCUAGAUAGUUAUUUUUAAAAAAUAAAACAGAAAUCAAAUUGGUUUUUCUUAAUUCUAUAUUUUUAAAAGUCCCUUUUAGAUAUUUGUUACAGUAUUAAAUAAUAUCACAUCUAUUAAAAAGAAACUGGUCAUCUACUUUAUACGGAGAAAUUGCAUAAUAACAAUGUCCAGCAAAUAAAUUAAAUGUAUUAAUAAUAUACUUAAUUUAAAGAAAUAAAUAAGUUUAAGAUGGCUAGUAUUCAUUUUUAAGAUGUUUACAUAUGAGCCAUUUUUAUAAUAAUGUAUCUAUACUGUGCCUUUUUUAUCGAUUACUAUUUUCAUAUGUCAUAAAUAAAAUAUAAAAACUACCAAUGUUUUCUAAAUUAUUGAUGCAGGUAUUGUUACAAAUGAGAGUUCUAAUAUGUUUGAAAAUAAAAUAUCAAAAUUGUAUGACCAUUUAUUGUAUUACGUUAUUGAAACGCUGAUGUAUUAUUUGAAUAAUUAUUGUAAUUUUGUUACGGAAUUAAAACACAUAUUUUAUGAAUUUUGUUUUAAAUUACAGAUUAUGUCUCAGUAGUGGCGUCCUUUGCGUCCUAUUUUUUUUGUAAUUUUUCUUAUUACACAGAUUUUAGUAGAGCAUUCAAGCACGCGAUCAGCUCCACACUUUUUACCACGUUUUUUUGCUGUUUAUAGACUUGUUUUUUUUUAAUAAUUUAAAUACCUGUACAUAUUUGUUAAAAAAUAUUGGAUAUUGUGGUCUGUGGUUAUUUUUGGAACAAUAAUAACACUAAUAAAAUAACACAGGUACCAAAUAGUAUUUUAAUCUGAUGUUGUGAUGCUUAUUAUGCCGAAACAACUAGUUAUAUUGUAUAUUUAUUUGUAUUAAGUCAUUUGCAGCAAUAAAAUUACUGGAUUCAUA